CGUCGCUCAACAGCCGUCAACAACGCUAUAUUUGCUUCCACGACGAUCAUGGCAUAGGGCAAGAUAGCGACGACAAUAAGAAUGGAGGAACCAGAGCAGCAGACAAGCCAAGAUCUCGACGGAACGCAGACCACGUUGCCCGAGUUGCUGGGUGGCCCAGAGCUCACUUCUGCGUCGUCACAGGCAUACUUGUCGUACUUGACGACCCUUUCCUUGCCAAAUCUACUCGCAGAGCCGACGUUGUUGCAGACGCAGUCACAUCACCUUACCUCAAGCCUCACUUCGUUAACGCAUACUUCUUACCCGACCUUUCUCACCUUACACAGUACCACAUCCUCGCUUUCCGAGUCUCUAGAUACCCUCUCUGCGUCUCUCGAUGCCCUGGUCAAUGAAAGCUUGCCAGCUUUGGAGGAGAGCGCGUCCAAUUGGCACGACAGAACAGACACAGUUCUCACCGAACGGAACAAAGCGCGCGUCGUGCUAGAGCAGCAUGAUAAAAUACGUGAUUUACUCGAUAUCCCCGUCCUUAUCGACACCUGCGUGCGCAAUGGUUACUUUGCCGAAGCGCUGUCUCUUGCAUCCCACACAAACUCCUUAUACUCCUCGUCCAGCUCACCUCCGUUGAUCCUCACCUCUAUAAUAUCUGAAGUCCGCAAUUCCAUAACGCAGAUGCUUUUCUCGUUGCUCUCUACGUUGCACGAGCCGAACCGGAAACUACCCGCAUUAUGGAAAGCAGUUAAUUUUCUUCGGAAAAUGAACGUUUUUGAUCCGGAAGAUGGAGUCGAGUCAGAGGAACAAAUCGCAUUGGCGUUCCUCGGUGGUAGAGAGGUGUGCUUGAAGGCCUCGUUGGAGGGUUGCAAUCGUGACAUUCAACGUCUCGCCGGUUUGAGCUCUGCCGAAGUAAGGGAGAAGGAUAAAGAGGACUUGACGCGGUACCUCAAAAAAUAUAUCGAUAUAUGGAGAGAAGGCGUCCAUGAUAUUAUCACGCAAUUUUCGACAAUUUUUCUUGAACGACCAACAUCCACCGCGACUUCUCCAGCUCCAGCUCCACCACUACGUUCCUUAUUGGUCAGCUACGCGUCCCAUUCUCUCCAUAGACAUCUUCUUCCCCUCCUUCGAAUUACAUUACCUCGUAUACCCCUGCCCUCCCUAUCCUCUCUACUGACACAACUGACGUAUUGUGCAACGGCGUUCGCUCGUGUCGGCUUCGACUUCCGAGGUGUUCUUGGCGAUUUGUUCUCGGACGCUGUCUUGAGCUCUGUCACCGAAGAACUCCAAGCGGCUACCUCUAAGUGGGUGACUCUGUUUAAACAGAAAAUGGGCCGGCCGGUAUCCACCACAUCAACACAUACGAAAAAUAUGGUUCCACCUUCUGAAUGGCUCGUGUUACCAGCAGCUGUUGCCUCCCAACCAACAUCUUCCCCGUCCUAUUUGAAGGCCCCAGCACACGUGCCUCCACAUAUAUUAGUGUCGUACCCACCGCUGGCGCAGUAUACGAAUGCACUAUUGUCCACUCUCAAUAGUCUUCGCCUACUGGCGCCGACGUCUAUAAUGCUGCCCCUCCUAGCCAAGCUGGAGGACUUCCUGUCCGAGGGUGGCGAAGUGUUUCUGCGAUACGCCAAGAAUGCCGCUGGGCUCCAGGGUCAAGAGGUGAAAAUAACUGAGGCAGUCGGUGACGUCUACUUCAACACCUUUGUGCGGUUCAUGAGGCGUGCUCUGGGUGAAGGUGUAUAUGGCUUAGCCGUAGAUAAUUGCGAAGCUUUAAGAAGGGAUGUGGAAAAAACGGAAGGUGGAUCUCUGGAUAAGGUGAUCAGGGAUUGGGAAGGUUGGUUGGAGAGCAGAAAGACCAACGUAGAAUAGUAGCUCGUUCUAAUUUAUUCUUGGAUGGAAACACUUCUGAAUACUGAAAGUUA